AUGGAAAAGUUGUGCUGUUUUGUGGUCCACAAACGGUGCCAUGAGUUUGUUACGUUCUCCUGUCCAGGGGCCGACAAGGGCCCCGACACAGAUGAUCCCAGAAGCAAGCACAAGUUUAAGAUCCACACCUACGGCAGUCCCACGUUCUGUGACCACUGCGGAUCGCUGCUGUACGGCCUCAUUCACCAGGGCAUGAAAUGCGACACCUGUGACAUGAACGUUCACAAGCAGUGUGUGAUGAACGUGCCAAGUCUGUGCGGGACCGACCACACCGAGCGCAGAGGAAGAAUCUUCCUCAAGAUCGAGGUCAACGUAGACAGACUCCACGUCACAGACAGUCUGACUUCUGUGCUUACUGGUGUUGCGGCAGCACACAGAUGGUUCUUGAGUUUGGAGCUUGUGGUGUGA